GUUAAGGAUGACUGUAUUAAUAGCAACUGGCCAAAAGUAGCCAAAUCUAUCCGAAAAUAUUACAGUGUAAUUGAGCAACUUGUACCAACCGCGACAGCUAAAAAGUUGCUUGGCUUACAUUCAAAUAUGUCUGAAGAUAAGGAUGAAAUUAUUCUUCUUUUAUUAUUAACUUGCAUACUUGAUAAUACAUCAGCAAAUUCCGCUACUGUAAAAAAAGUUGGUAAAAAAAGAAAAAAUCUGUGUGGUGAAUCUCCUUCUCAAAAGGUAACUAAAGAUAGUAAGGAUUUAUCGCAAGUUGACCUAACAAAUGACUUUUUGUCAAUCGUUAAGAUUGAAACGCAAGUUCAAGAAAUUAUAGACAAGAAAAAGAGUACAGCAUUAGCGGAAAAGAAGACAGUACAACCGUACAUGUUAUUUGUUGGGACACCUGAAAAGUGUACUAGUUUUUACGUCGUCGUUGAUAAUUAUAAAUAUAAAGUUGUUGAUGCGUUCACAGCUUUAAAACUAAAUUUCCAAAUUUUCUUUGUUUGGAAUUUACAGUUUCCUAAGUCGCGUAACAACACUUGGGUAUUUAUUCAAAAAUCAAUAUUUGAGAUUUCGACAGUUGGGAAUAAAUAUCCGGCUAAAGUUAAUAAAAUGUUUACUCAUGUGAAGCGCACCGUUGAGGAUAAAAAUUGAUCAUCGCUGAUAAUAUUUACU